AUGUCAAACUUUAUUUCUGCUCAUGACUUAAUUGAAACAAAUACUGUACCAAAUGCAUCAAAUGAACUCGAAAGUAUUGAUAGAACUGAAGAUAAUAUUCAACGAUAUAUAAAAAAAUCUAAGGUUAAAAACACUGCCGCUUGUACUCAAAAAUGGGUUCGAGCUUUACAAAACUAUUAUGGAAAAUGUAUGGAGUUACAAGAUCAAGGACUUGGUGAAAUUGAUCAAUCAAAAGAAUUGACUUGA